AGAGAGGCCUUCACUUGUUUAAAUUGAAAGUCAAAGAACCCAGAUAAAUGAUUUAUUUAUUUAUACAUGUUGUCUCCAUGAGAUACAAUAUCUCAUUUACAAGAGAGACCUGUUCAGGUAAAACAAACAAAGCCACAAAACAAGCAAUUAAAAAUUUUGACUCAAUUAAAUAAGCAAAUAAAACAUGAGCUUCUUUAAUUCACUGAGCUUAAUGACUGUAGGAUUCCAGCAAUGUUUAACGUACCGUUUUGUCUGAUCGGCCCAGAUGUUGCAGAGCAUCUCACACAUCUGCCUGCUGGCCCUGAUGUCGCUGCUGCUGCUCUUCUCUCUGGGGUGGAGCAAAGAGAAACAAACCCCAGGAUGCCACCUAUACCCCAUCAACGUGACGAUCCGCAGCGACCGUCGUGGCACCUGCAAAGGGACCCAUCUGGUGUACGCCUGCGUGGGCUACUGUGAGUCCAGCGCUUUCCCGUCCCGAUACUCGGUUCUGGUGGCCUCAAACUUCACACACAACAUCACCUCCGCUUCACGCUGCUGCACCAUCAGCAAGGACGCCAAGGUCAAAGUUCGCCUGGACUGCCCGCGCGGUCGGCACUACGACGAAAUCGAGAUCCUGACGGCGAAGGCGUGUCGCUGCGACAUGUGCCGCAAAUCCCGCUACUGACAUUUCAUCACUUCAGGACAAAAUGCUGCAUUCCAACAAUUCACCGCAUAAAAAGCAGAUUAUAGUUUACAGAGUUAAAAACAAAACUACUUCAGCAGAAACUUUUCCACUUCUAGCCAUGCUUUGAAUAGACAAAAUAUGCCUAACUCAUCGAAUUGAAAAUGUUUUACAUUUUUGUCCCUAAUUUGUCUUUAAUCAUCGAAAGCAAGAUGGCCGCCGUCCUGAAACUUUGAGUUGUCCCUGGAUAAACACACCUGAAUAAAAUGAACAGAGUCAUGCUUAUGACUGAAUAAUGUGUCUCUGAAGACUUGUCUAAACUUAGCAGGACUCCUGUUGACUAAACUCUAAAAUCCUGAAGAAAAUUAGCAUUGAAUGCAUCUCAAGUUCUUCUUAGUUGCUGGAUGAAAAAUGUUUUUGCGUUCUUGUUUCACUUUUAUUGCAUUUGUCGGUCAUGUUCUGUCAGGAAU